AUGACGAGUCUCUACGAUCUAUCCGACAAAAAGAUUGACGGCCAAGAGGUCAAUUUCUCGUCCUAUCAGGGAUCUGCCAUCUUGUUCUUUGGAAAGCAAGAACCAGGGACGGCACAAGAGAUUCUCGAAUUUGUCAAGCAAUUUGACGACAAAAUGGAGGAGAAACUCGAAUUCUUUGAAAAGGGAGAUGUCAACGGAGACGACGCUCGCCAAGUCUACAAAUUGCUCACCACGGCGCUCCCAGAAGAAGAUGGAUCCAUUGAUAUCCCUUGGAACUUUGCCAAGUUCCUGGUUGAUAGUUCUGGAAAACCAAUCAAGAGGUACUCGCCAAAGACUGCUCCCGUGGAUAUCAAGCCUGAUAUCGAGGCUCUUCUAAAAGAGGGAUCUUCUUAG